GGCCCCGGGCCCGAGCCGCGCGCGCUGCAGGAGCCGCGGCGCUCGGUGCUCCCGGCCGCGGCGCUCGGUGCUCCCCGCCGGCCCCGGGCUGCCGGCCGCGGCGCGACCCCGACAUGGACGACGGCGGCGGCGGCGAGGGCGGCGAGGGCGGCGGCGUGCCCGAAGACCUGUCAUUAGAAGAGAGAGAAGAACUUUUGGACAUUCGUCGGAGGAAAAAGGAGCUUAUUGAUGACAUUGAGAGACUGAAGUACGAGAUUGCGGAGGUGAUGACGGAGAUCGACAACCUGACUUCGGUGGAGGAGAGUAAAACAUCCCAGAGGAACAAGCAGAUCGCCAUGGGCAGGAAGAAGUUCAACAUGGACCCCAAAAAGGGGAUCCAGUUCCUCAUCGAGAAUGACCUGCUGCAGACGGCCCCUGAGGACGUGGCCCAGUUCCUGUACAAAGGGGAAGGUCUCAACAAGACGGCCAUCGGGGGCUACCUGGGGGAGAGGGACGAGUUCAACAUUAAGGUGCUUCAGGCCUUCGUGGAGCUGCACGAAUUCGCCGACCUGAACCUCGUCCAAGCUCUGAGACAGUUCCUGUGGAGCUUCCGGCUGCCUGGGGAGGCGCAGAAGAUCGACCGCAUGAUGGAGACCUUCGCUGCCCGCUACUGCCUGUGCAACCCCGGGGUCUUCCAGUCCACAGACACGUGCUACGUGCUGUCGUUCGCCAUCAUCAUGCUGAACACGAGCCUCCACAACCACAACGUGCGCGACAAGCCCACGGCCGAGCGCUUCGUCACCAUGAACCGCGGCAUCAACGAGGGCGGGGACCUCCCCGAGGAGCUGCUGCGGAAUUUGUACGAGAGCAUCAAGAAUGAGCCGUUCAAGAUCCCGGAGGACGACGGCAACGACCUGACGCACACCUUCUUCAACCCCGACCGCGAGGGCUGGCUGCUGAAGCUGGGCGGGCGCGUGAAGACGUGGAAGCGGCGGUGGUUCAUCCUCACUGACAACUGCCUCUACUACUUCGAGUACACCACGGACAAGGAGCCCCGGGGCAUCAUCCCACUGGAGAACCUCAGUAUCCGGGAGGUGGAAGACCCCCGAAAGCCCAACUGCUUCGAGCUGUACAAUCCAAGCCACAAAGGGCAGGUGAUCAAAGCCUGUAAGACCGAGGCGGAUGGGCGCGUGGUGGAGGGUAAUCACGUGGUGUACCGCAUCUCCGCCCCCAGCCCGGAGGAGAAGGACGAGUGGAUGAAAUCCAUCAGAGCGAGUAUCAGUCGCGACCCCUUCUACGACAUGUUGGCAACAAGGAAAAGGAGAAUUGCCAACAAAAAAUAGCAUUCCCGGCCUGGACGGGUCAAAUGGCAACCAAAGCCCCACAGCAAAAAGUGACUGCAGCGCCCUCCUGGGGCCGACGGGGACCACGACAGGAGCCACGACGGGGGCCAUGACGGGGGCCCACGUAUGCCUCUUCCAGAAGGUUCCGGGAGGCAAGAGCCCCGCUGCGCGCUAGGGUCCUGGGGAGCGGGCACCAGGGCCGCCGUGCCCAGACUUGACCUCCUGUCCACUGCGCGUGAGGAGGGGGCCGCCCGGCCCUUCUAGAAGCUUCCCCUGGUGCAGCACCCGCACGGGGCCGGGAAGGGAUGCAAGCCGGCCGCGUGUGCGCGGGGACCACCUCGGCCCGGCGCGGGGGACCCUUCUAGAAGCCGCAGCUUCACGUCGCCACAGGAAAGGAAGUUUUUUAUUCAGAAUUUUUUUCUCAGAUAUAUAGGAUUAUACCUUUUAUAUGCUUUUUAUAUUCUGAAAUUAUAAUGAAAAUACUUUCUAACAGUAGUAUUUUUAGAACGGCAGCUAUAAAUUUAAUUCCGGACACGCGCUCACUGUGCGCUGCGGCGGUGCCCACGUGUCGGCCUGGCCCGCGCCCCGGGUUCGGCGAGGGCGUGCAUCGCGCCCCCUGGCGCCGCGCGGCGGAACAGCAGCCUCUGCUGCAGAUUCUUCUGGCCAAACGUCAGGAUUAGCCCGACCCGACAGCACCGUCCCCCCCCCCCCCCGCCCCCUAGCCUGCCCGGUGCUGCAGAGUGGACGUAGCUGGAAAGGGGCCAUCUUUGGGGGGUCCUGCCCCGUGAGUGGGGAGGCGCAGGCUGGGGCGGCCAUGAGGCACUCAGGGUCCCUUUCCUGUGGGGCACAGCCCGGCGCACGGGUGCUUGCACGUUUGCCAAAGGGAGGGAGGCCCCGGGCUGCUCGGCUCAAGGGAGCCCAUGCAGGGCCAGGCCGACCCGCCGUGAGGUGCCUCUGGCUGCUUUCCUGGGAGCUUUAUUCCGCCCCUGGCCCCUUACCCAGGUGGGCUCCGGGCGGGCUCUUCCCACAGAGCCGCCCGGCGCCACCUUGGAGUUGGGGGCUUUCCCCUCUGGAACCCCCGGGCAGAACGUCACGUUGACGCGCCCAGGGCUGGGCCCCUCUCUGCAGCAGAUCCCCUUUCCGGCUCAUUCCAAGCUUUCAAGCUUAAGGACUGCACUGAUACCUCGAAUUCUACUGUCCAGUUUUUAAGAAAGACGGUCAGCCGCAGGAUGCCUGACCGGCUAUAUGCAACUCCGCCUCCAGCCUUCCAGGGACACCCCUCGGCACCCCUCUCUUCUCUACCCAGGUAGGCCCCGGGGAUGCAGGGCUUCUGGUGCACGGUCUGGGUCAGUCCCAGAGACGAUGCAGAUGGCCACGGUGCUCACACGUUCCCUGCCAUCGAGUCUUCCGUGAUGCCACUGACUCCUGGUUUUGUUGUGACAGUAUUAACAUGACAGGCACACAGCCAUCUCCCCCCCCCCCCCCAACGGCCCAUGGGGUUUGUCACUGCCCUAGUGCUCUUGUCCGGCCACGUCUAAGCUCACUGCUCCAUUCCUGACCCAACAAGCCCCGGAAAUGGGGGUUAAUGGGCGCCCCCUCCCAGGGAGCACCCAGAGGUCACAUGGUGGUUUCUCAUUGUCUUAUUCCUAGAAAACCUUUUUACUUCCAGUAAGUCUAGUUUCCGUGUAAAUAGAGUGUACAUAGAGAGUGAUUUCUGGGGAGUGUUAUUCAUGUAUAUAUGCCCAUAACUUGCAUGACGGAAUAUCCUAUAUCUAUUGCUAUUUUAUUGUAAAGUGAAGUCAGAGCGGAGGGCGUAUGGCUGUCAAACUGCAAAUACUGUGCUCAUGAAAUAAAAAUCAUAUGCGUUGUUAAAGAA